AUGCCGCAGGGGCCGGCCUCGGACCCUCUGCUGCGCAGUUUCCGCGACCUAGGGACGGUGUGCGACGAGACGCCGUUCGCGGUGCAGCGCCGCGGGAAGGAGACGUUCGUGACGGUCUCGACGGGGCGCGCGUGGCAGAUAUACGGCUGCUCCAAGAUGCGUCUGGCCAUGGCCGGCCCGCGGCUGCCUGCGCCCAUCGACGCGCUCGCUUGCCGCGGGGACCUGACCUUCGCGGCGGCGGGGGGGGACAUUCACGUGGCGCGCAGGAACACCGCCGUCGCCGUGCUCCGGCACCACGCGGGCCGCGUCGUGCAGCUCAUGACGCUCGGCGACCAGCUCCUGUCCCUCGCGGCCGACGGGGAGCUGGCCGUCUGGGCGGACGCGGAGUGGGACGCGCCGGAAACGACGCUCAGGAUGCCCGAGGGCUUCGUGCCGACGUGCAUGGUGCACCCUGACACGUACCUCAACAAGGUCCUCGUCGGGGCCCAGGACGGGCGGAUGCAGCUGUGGAACUUCGCGUCCGGGCGCAUGAUCUACGAGUUCGCGGGCUGGGGCUCCUGCGUGCGCUGCCUCGCGGCCUCCCCGGCGCUCGACCUGGUCGGCGUCGGCCUGUCCGACGGCCGCGCGGUGCUGCACAACAUCAAGUACGACGAGGAGAUCAUGGUGUUCCGCGGCGCCGCGGGGGCGGCCUCGGACGGCAGUGGGCUUGCCGUCAUGGGCCCUUCGGGCGAGAGGGCGCGGUCAGGCCCUUCCACGGGCGGCGCCGUGACCGCGCUGUCGUUCCGCACGGGCGCGAACGCCAACGUGCUCGCCGCCGGCGGCGAGGCGGGCGCGGUGUGCUUCUGGGACCUGGACUCGCGCAAAGUGCGCCACAUCCUCCGCGGCGCCCACCGCGCCCCCGUCACCGCGCUGCACUUCUUCACCGGCGAGCCCGUCGUCAUGUCGGCCGGCGCAGACAACGCCAUCCACCAGUGGGUCCUCGACAACGACGACGGCAGCGCCCGCCGCCUCCGCGGCAUCGCUGGCCACGCGGCGCCGCCGUCCCGCGUCGCGUACUGCACGGGCCCCGGCAUGGCGGGCCUGCGCGUCCUCUCCGGCGGCGACGACCGCUCCCUGCGCGUGUCCAGCACCGUCCAGGACCACCAGUCUCGGGAGCUGUCCCAGGGCAAGGUCGAGUCGCGCGCGAAACGGCUCAAGGUGGCCGCGGAGGACCUGAAGCUGACGCGCGUCGUUGCGAUGGACUCGUGCCACGUGCGGGAGCGCGACUGGGCGAGCGUCGUGACCGCGCACGAGGGCGACCCGAAGGCGUACACGUGGCGCUUGGCGGAGGCGCGGAUCGGCGAGUGGGCGCUGUUCCCGCCGCGGACGCCGGAGGACCCGACGCCGAACGCGCCGGCGACGGCGGUGGCCCUGUCGUGCUGCGGGAACUACGCGCUCGUCGGCAGUGCGGCGGGACGGCUGGACGUGUACAACAUGCAGUCCGGGAUCCACAGGGGGGUGUAUCAGCUGCCGGAGGGGGGGAGUGUUGGAAAGAGGGGCGCCGCAGGUGCGCGGGGCGGGCGGUUUGGUGGCGGUGCGGAGCGGAGGAUGGUGGAGGGCGCGGAGACGACGAACGCGCGCAACGCGCACGCGGCGGCGGUGGUGGGGUGCUCGAGCGAUCCGUACAACCGGCACGCGGUGUCGGCCGGGCGCGACGGCGUGCUGCGCGUGUGGGCGUUCAAGCGGCGGGCGCUGCUGCGCGAGGUUGCGUGCGGGUCGCCCGUCGUGCACAUGAAGCACCACCGGCCCAGCUCGCUGGUCGCGCUCGCGGGGGCGGACCUCGCGCUCCGCGUCGCCGACUUCGCGGCCGGAAAGAUCGUGCGGACGUUCAAAGGCCACGAGGACCGUAUCACGUGCCUCGAGAUCACCUCGGACGCGCGCUGGCUGCUGUCGGGCUCCAUGGACGGGACUGUGCGCGCGUGGGACGUACCGAGCGCCACGUGCCUGCAAGUCCUGCGCAUGGACAGCCCCGCGACGUCGAUGUCGUUCUCCGCCUCGCUCGACCUCCUCGCGACCACGCACGUGGGGUCCCGGGCGCUGCACCUGUGGUCGAAUCAGAUGCUCUUCGGCAACCCCGCCGCAAUCAAGCCGUCGACGACGCCCGUGGACCUGCGCAGCGACGCCGCGCGCGAGGACGAGGACGAGGAGGAGGAGGACGAGGGCGCGGGGAGCAGCGACGAGGAGGGGCCCGGCGGCCAGGAGGGGGAGUUGCCGCGGCCUGACAGAGAGGUGGAUGAGUCAGGGGCCCCGCGCGCGCUGGCGCCGCGUCUGGUGACGCUCGGCGGGCUGCCGCAGAGCCGGUGGCACGGCCUCGCGAACCUCGAGGAGAUCAAGCGGCGAAACAAGCCCAAGGAGCCGCCGAAGAAGCCCGCACAGGCUCCCUUUUUCCUCCCGACGCAAAAGACUCUCGAGGGCUCGUACCAGGUGGCCCUGGACGUCACGCCGGACGACGCCGACGCCGAGGACGAGCAAGGCGCGGCCAAGCUCGCGCGCGGGGGCGGCGAGGUGCUCCCGCGGCUGCUGCGCGAGGGGCAGCGGAGCGGGUCCUGGGCGGCGCUCGCGGCCCGCGCCCGCGAGAUGGGCCCGUCGCAGCUGGACGCCGAGCUCCGCGCGCUCGAGCCCCUCAACCCCGCGGAGCCCGAGGAGGGCGAGGUGGCGCUGAUCGCGAUGUUGCUUGAGUUUCUGGGCAGCGAGGUGGCGGCGGGUCGCAACUUCGAGCUGGCGAACGCGUGCUUGAAGGUGACGCUCGACGCGAUCGGGGAGGUGAUUGCGAGCCACGAGGAGCUGCGCGGGCGGUGCGAGGCGGUGCGGCGAGCGCUCGGGGAGGCCUGGGGCAGGACGCAGGGGCUGCUGUCGGAGGUGCAGGGGCUGGGGGCGUUCCUCGCGGGAGCGCAGGGGUGA